CGUUUCGUAUAUUCGGUGACUUUGGUUCCAACUCAUAACAAAACUUACUGCGAGUCACAUUGGGUUGUGGGAGAAGUGAAGUUGUAGGCAACGUAAAUAUUUAUAUUGAUUAAUAAUCGUCCCGACUUGUCGUCGUGGAGGUUUUUCCAUACAUUAGCAGAGCAUUCAACAGAAUUAUCGUGUCGUAGUGUGGUGCAACCUGUAGUCACUGAGGGCCUUUUACUAUUUGUGUUUUCAUCGAGUAAUUAUAUUUUCCUGAGAAGGAAAAAUGGCUGAUGAUGAUAAAGGUUUGGUUGCUGGACAUCCUCCCGCGGUUAAAGCCGGUGGAAUGCGAAUUGUGCAACACAAGACACCCAAUCCAGAACGUCCAGCUAAAGACCCUGUUGAGGUGAUUGGCUUAUCGAAUCCAUCCCCAAAUGUGAACACUGGGGAGGUGGUCCAGAGUGCCGCCGCCAGCAAGCAAGAGCAUUCGAUAGAGGCUAGUCAGGUAGCUCACGCCCCGAAGCCACCGGUGCCAGUUCCUCAACGCACAAUCAACAACAUUCAGCAACCCCGGAAGUGAAUGAACGAAGUGAAAACGACCGCAUAACUGUAUAUUAUCUCAGAUGUUUCGUUUUAUGUAUUGUUGAACGCAUCAUCUAAUGCAUGUGGCUAACGAUAACACAGACAAGGUCUGUUUCAAUAUAAAGUUUUUUUUUGUAAAGGCCAUAAGACCUUUUAUUCACAUAUUUUCUAUUAAUAAAAUUUGACAUUUUUCUAUAAAAAUGGUUGCGGGAUUUAUGGGCAAAAUUAUCUUUAAAGCUAUUUCUCAAAAUUUCCUUAUGAAUUAUAUAAAAAAUACUUAAGAAGUAGAUUUUAACACUUGUGUUAUUGAAAAAAAAAAAUUGUACUGGGAAAUGUCAUGAAAUGAAAUAAACAAAAAAAAAACUAAUGAAA